AUGGUACUGGGUCCCCUUUCACAGGCUGAGAUCCCCGGACACCUCAGGGGACAGGAUGGCGGACCAGGGCUCCAGGGGCAGCUAGAGGUGGCGCCAGCUCAGUACUCCUGCUGUUCAGAGGUUUCCAGUCCAAAUUACUUAAGCGAGAGCUUUUUCAUGGUGAAGGGAGCAGCCCUCUUCUUACAACAAGGAAGCAGCCCCCAAGGCCCACGGAGUCUCCAGCAUCCCCACAAGCAUGCAGGUGACUUGCCCCAACACCUUCAAGUGAUGAUCAACCUUCUGCGUUGUGAAGACAGAAUCAAGCUGGCCGUGCGCCUAGAGAGCGCUUGGGCAGACCGCAUCCGGUACAUGGUGGUGGUGGACAGCAGCGGACGCCAGGACACAGAAGAGAGUAUCCUGCUGGGAGUCGACUUUUCCAGUAAGGAAAGUAAAAGCUGCACCAUCGGCAUGGUGCUCCGACUGUGGAGCGACACAAAAAUCCACCUGGAUGGAGACGGUGGAUUCAGCGUGAGCACAGCAGGGAGACUGCACGUCUUUAAGCCCGUGUCUGUCCAGGCCAUGUGGUCAGCCCUGCAGGUCCUCCACAAGGCCUGUGAAGUGGCCCGGAGGCACAACUACUUCCCUGGGGGUGUGGCUCUCAUCUGGGCCACCUACUAUGAGAGUUGCAUCUGCUCUGAGCAGAGCUGCAUCAACGAGUGGAAUGCCAUGCAGGAUGUGGAGUCCACUCGGCCCGACUCCCCGGCCCUGUUCGUGGACAAGCCAACUGAAGGGGAAAGGACCGAACGCCUCAUCAAAGCCAAACUGCGGAGCAUCAUGAUGAGCCAGGAUCUAGAAAACGUGACCUCGAAAGAAAUACGUAAUGAAUUAGAGAAACAGAUGAACUGUAACUUGAAAGAAUUCAAGGAGUUCAUAGACAACGAAAUGCUACUCAUUCUGGGACAGAUGGACAAGCCCUCCCUUAUCUUCGAUCACCUUUAUCUUGGCUCUGAAUGGAAUGCAUCCAACCUGGAGGAGCUGCAGGGCUCUGGUGUUGACUACAUUUUGAAUGUCACAAGAGAAAUCGAUAAUUUUUUCCCCGGCUUAUUUGCAUACCAUAAUAUUCGCGUUUAUGACGAAGAGUCCACAGACCUUCUCGCCCACUGGAAUGAAGCCUAUCAUUUUAUAAACAAAGCAAAGAGGAACCAUUCCAAGUGCCUAGUCCAUUGCAAAAUGGGGGUCAGCCGAUCAGCGUCCACUGUCAUCGCUUACGCCAUGAAGGAAUUUGGCUGGCCUCUGGAGAAGGCCUACAACUACGUGAAACAGAAGCGCAGCAUCACACGGCCCAAUGCUGGCUUUAUGAGGCAGCUGUCUGAGUAUGAAGGCAUCUUGGAUGCAAGCAAACAGCGGCACAACAAGCUAUGGCGCCAGCAGGCCAGGAGCAGCGCCCAGCAGGCCGUGGAGGAUCCUGGGGACUGCCUGCCAGGUGCCCUGGAUGGCUCCCUGGAAGCCCGGCUGCCAGGCCUUGACACUGCUGCCCAGCUCGGGCUCCCGGGAGGGCUUGCCGUCCCCUGCUGUUUCCAGCGACUCUCAGACCCCCUCCUGCAUUCCCCCGACAAUGACACUGGCAGCUCUGUCCACCUCAAUGACCUGGAGAGGGACACUUUGGUGGAGGAAGCCGUUCAGUCUGCAGAGGCUCUCACGCCCGCCAGCUCCGGACCCUAUGAGAAGGAAGUGAAGAAUAAACCAGAGUCAGGGAUUGCCAAAGCCCAGCAUGGCCUCCUGCCCCAAGUGGAGGAAAUGGAAAGGGAGGAAAGCCUAGCAGCAGGACAGUGGGGACAACCCCUCGCCCAGCUGGAGAAAAGCCUGCUCAACCGGGAAAACCUGAACAACAACAACAGCAAGCGGAGCUGCCCACAGGACUUAGAGCAUGAUGCUCUCUUUGGGGUCCUCAAUAAAGUGAAGCCUUCCUACAAAUCCUGUGCUGAGUGUAUGUACCCUCCAGCCAGCGGGCCUCCUGAGGCCUUUGGGGAACAGUGUGAGAACCUCAGCACCCCGGCCAUCUGCACACAGCCAACCUUCCUCCCCCACUUCACAUCCUCCCCCAUGGGCCACAUGUCUAGCAGGUCCCGAGCUUUCGAGAAGCUGGCCUUUGGCCCCACCGAGACACCUCCACCUCUACCACCAGCAGGCUCCGGCUGGCCAGACACCAGUGACUCUCCACCUGGGGCUGCCCCAGACCCACAGGCUAGCCUUCUGGAACCUUCCAGAGAGACCCCAAAAGUUCUGCCGAAGUCCCUCCUUGUAAAGAAUUCUCACUGUGACAAGACCCCUCCUAGCAUGGAAGUGAUGAAAGAAGACCCGGCACCCAAGAGAGACCUAAAACCAGCUAAGGACCUGAGGCUCCUUCUGUUCAGUAAAGAAUCUGAGAAACCAACGGCCAACAGCUAUUUGAUGCAGCACCAAGAAUCCAUCAUCCAAUUGCAGAGGGCAGGCUUGGUUCGCAAACACACCAAGGAGCUAGAAAGGCUGAAGAGCGCACCAGCAGACAUGGCUGCCCCCUCCAGAGAUGGCACCACCAGCAGGUUGGAAGCCAGCAUUCCUGAGGAAAGUCAGGAACUGGCUCCGCUCCAUCCGUCGGGGCUUCCAGCUUUGUCCUGCCAGGCCGUGAGCGAUGGGAAAUCGGAGGCUGUCCCCUCGCCCCUGGAAGGAGCCUCUCUUAAGAGCCCUUCUCCCUGGCUCUGCCGCCUGGAUCACACUAGUCAUUUCUCGAAAGACUUCCUGAAGACCAUCUGCUAUACCCCCACCUCAUCUUCCAUGAGCUCCAACCUGACUCGAAGCUCCAGCAGCGACAGCAUCCACAGUGUGCGAGGGAAACCAGGACUGGUGAAGCAGCGGACACAAGAGAUCGAGACUCGGCUCCGACUGGCCGGCCUCACAGUCUCCUCCCCACUCAAACGCUCCCACUCCCUCGCUAAGCUCGGAAGUCUCAACUUCUCCACAGAAGACCUGGCCAGUGAGGCUGACGUGUCCACCAUCACUGACUCCCAGGAUGCCAAGUUCAGUGAGUCUUCCUUCUUGCAUGAGCCCCAGCCAAGCCCCAGUAACACAAACGUGGCCUCUAAGCCAUCAGGGAAAACUGCCCCAGGACACUUAACCAGUCCAUCAAAGGAGAGCAAAAGCUGA